ACACUAACCUCUCCUGGCUCCUCUCUGCAAGUUGGCAUUUAUUGGUAGGAAGCUAGUAUUUGUUGCAAAGUUAAAUAAGAAAAAUUGUUUUGGUGUAAAAGUAGUGCUCAGUUUGUUCACUUUAACUAAAGGAAUGUCUUCAAUGGAUCAUCUGCAACCUUUGAUUGAGCUCGCUCUCAUUCUGAUCCUGGUGUCUAAUUCAAAAGGUGAAACAUGGGGUGUGAAAGUCAAUAGAAGCUUCACGGUAGAGAAUAACAAAAUUGUGACCAUACCAUGCACAUUCAGCGUACCGCCACAGGAAUACCACGAAAACCUCCAGCUUUUCUGGAAAGUACCACUAAAAAGUACUUUUAAUACCUACGACAGGGACGUCAAUGCAUUUAUUUUUCACCCCAAUCGCACAUUUGUGCUUGAGAAAUACAGAGGAAAGACGCAGCUGCUCCCACAGGGAAACAGCAAGAGUUGCACCCUCAGAAUCUCAGAUUUUAUGGACAAUCGACUGCAUAUUUACCUAAGAGUUAUUGGAAAGACCAACAACUACACUUUUUAUAACAACAUGGUCACUAUAUCACAGUCUGGCCAAGGAGUCCUAAUUGGUAAACCAGCGAAUGUUCUGCCGUCACCCACGACUGCCUUGGAAGGAACAGCACAACCAAUGAUAUCAGAAACAUUGUACCUUGCCAUCUUUGUACCAAUCGCUGUACUUCUCAUCCUUGUUGCAACUGCUGUCGGAUUUGUGGUUUGGAGAAAACACACAAGGUCAGCGCCUUUAGUGAGGGAAUGCUCUGGAUAUUAUGCAAACUUCAGCAGAGCAUCAUCAAACCAAACCACAAGAGAAGAAAAUUGCAAAAAAAGCAAAAACGAAAAGCUUCCAGACAUGCAGGUUACGGAAGAACCUGUGUACAUUAACAUGCAGCACCCAACAUAUCAACUGGACUCAAGUGUGGAUCGAGAAGGGGGUCACAGAGAUAGUGUAUAUGCAAAUGUCGACCAUUCUGCGUAGCGUAAAGGUUGCAAAUUUAGACUUAUUGCCAGCAAUCCAGAAUGUGCAACUUCCCAGACAGCGCUAACAAAGUUUUUGUUGUUGUUGUUGUUUUUUAUUGACAUUGAUGAUUUUGUUAAAAAGGUCUUAUAGGAGACAAAGAUUGGAGCUACAGUCGACACGCAUAUAUCGCUGUUAAAGGGGAACUGCACUUUAAAAAAAAAUAUGCCCAUCAUUGACGAUCCCUAUGUAAGACAAGAACAUAUAUGUUUUUCUUUUUUUAUGCAUUCUAACUAGUAAAUAAAUGCGAUCAAAAGUCAGCUUACAAUGGAGCCCAUGGGAAUUUCUAUAUUCUGGCUAUAAAGCGCUUUAAAAUGUCCAAACACCUCCAUUAAGGUUUUAUAUGCAUGAUUUAAGUAUAUAUGUAAUGUAGUAACGGGCACAUUCAUAAUAAUACGUAAUAUUUACGUAUUUUGCCUAUCUUAAGCUUACGGCGGCGCAUUAUUUUCACGAACGCGUCACAACGUUUGCUUUUUCCUUCAACAACAACAUUGAUUUCUGCUCACCGCAGACUUUAUGAGAGCCAACAAACAUAAUAAAACAUCACUUACUGUAUAACGUCUGCUGUCAUUAGGAUGCCGACUGUGAGGAUGUUGGCAUAUUCUUAUUUAGAUGAAGAAUGAAUAAAAAUCCUCGCGAAUGAAAGGGGGGUGGAAUCAAGCAUCUUUUUGUGUCGUUCUUGCCAUUUCCGUGUCUGAAUUGACUGUCGAAGUUGACCAACUUCUUGGAUUAUGUCUUCAUACUUUUGCUAUACAGGUGAGAGGUACGAUUUAUAAUUCGGAAUAAACCUUCAUGAGCUCCGAGACGAGAAAGCAGCUCACUUGUUUAUACAGCAGCAUAGGGAAGUUAGCUCUCUGUGACAAUGAGCCGCUAAAAAUAGGUUCUUAACGCUCACGCUUAUAAUAGCAAUAUCGCUAAUACUUAAUUACUAUAUAGGUUACGAAAUGUAAAUGGCGUAUUGUUGGCGGUUUUUGGACGGUUAUUUACAGGGUUGU